CUGACGCUAUGAUUGCUGGCGCGCAUGCGCGGUGACAUUCCGGGAUCUCCGGCUUGGCGUUCUGUGUGGGAAGUGGAAAGAGACAAGUCCCAGGCCCCGCUCCUUCCUGCUCUCGCCUCCCUAUUCUCCUCCUGAUAUGGGUGACAAGGAGUUCAUGUGGGCCCUUAAGAAUGGAGACCUGGACGAGGUGAAAGAAUUCGUACUUGGGGGUGUGGAUAUAAACCGGACGCUGGAAGGUGGAAGGAAACCUCUGCACUACGCAGCAGACUGUGGGCAGGAUGAGAUUGUGGAAUUCCUUCUGGCUAAAGGAGCCAACAUCAAUGCUGCAGAUAAACAUGGCAUCACCCCACUUCUAUCUGCCUGCUAUGAGGGCCAUCGCAAAUGUGUCGAAUUGCUUGUAUCUAAGGGAGCCGACAAGAACGUGAAAGGCCCAGACGGACUGAAUGCCUUCGAAGCUACAGACAACCAGGCUAUCAAAGAUUUACUCCAUUGAUGCCGAGCGUCCUCCGACUUGCCUCUCGUGUGGUCCCCCCGCUGCUGCCUGUCUUUCUUUCUUUUAUCCGCCAAUUUCUUCAUCUCCUCUUCUUCUGUAAAUUGGAAGAUGUCCACUAAAAACCUGAGCCCUGUCCGAUCCAAUCGGGGAGCUCAUUUAGGGGCUCUACGGAAGCCGCUAGCUGAUUGGACUCUGUACAAGAACCUUAAGGACCUAAGAAGCUCUUGCUUUUCCCUGUAGGCCGAGGGCACCCGUCUCCCACCCGCACAAGGGAGAAUGCAAACCAUUGCUGAACAUAGUUGCAUGUCCUCUGCUUGCGUUUCGCUUAAGCCUAUCGGCGCAGAGGGACGGAAAGCAGAGUCGUAAUGAUCGGCUUAUUGGAUAUCAGCUUUUUUAAUAGUGCCCCGCAUCCUUUCGAAAACGUUAAUUUGGGCAGGAGGAACCGCAUUACCUGAGGUCACCUACCUGACUGGUCAUCACCUAGCGCAGAAUUUCGACCCCCUCCACCAUUAGCACAGGCUGGAUAGUUUCCCUUGAAAUUACAUUUUUGUAAAAGGAUUUUUUAAAAAAUGUAGAGAGCAGCUUCUACUGAUUCUCAAUAACCCUCUUUUGUAUUGCACUGUAAAACAGAAAACUGUAAACCCCAUUUUUUUGC